UAACAGGUUUUUUCACGGUUGAUCUGGAUUGCCUUACGGCUCCAAGUGAAGAAUUGGUGGUGCGAUGCACAGACACUACAUGGGUGCAGCAAAUCAAAGAGAGCAUGAGAUCUCAACCAUCACGGCCAGUCACAAGAAUUCCGGUUCUGUGUGAAAGAGAGAUUCCCCCAGUGGAUUUUUGCAUUAACACCAUGCAACCACUUCUGACACUGGGGGGAAACCAUAUGGUGACAGCCAUGAAGGACCUGCUAAUAGAAGAAGCUGGCAAUCCUGAUUAUGAAUGUUUGAGGCAAGUGGAUGUAGAAGUUUAUGUUGGGCUUACGCCCAGAGAAGCCAUGUUUGUUGCAUCAUGGCACAACAUACAAUGUUCACAGAAGCCAAUGAACUUCCAGGACAAAGUACGCAUGGCGCGGAAAAUAUAUGAAAGUAGAAGUACGUGUAGCAGCAAUUGGAAGGGGGAAGUAAUGGUGGCCCUUGGUUCUUUGGACAAAAAGGCAUGUAUCUAAAUGUAAAUGUACCAGUAAGCUGAGAACUUAGUCAUUUCAUAAGUGUUGAAUUUUCAAUUAUUAAAGUAAAAACAAUCCUGAAUCGUAUAUCUAAAACAGGUGUGGGUUGUACAAACAGCAAGUCAGUUACUGACUUACCAUGAACAAAACAUCAAUUUAAAAAAAUGAUUCCAUUAUAAUAUAUUAAUGUUACAAGGAAAUAAUAUUGGAAAAAAAACAUUAAGAUUUGUGCUGAUUA